AAUGGUGCCAGACAAUGAUACUCUCAAAGUAACAACGUGCAGCAGUGCCUUCAUAAACAUUCUCUUCUUCCUAACCAUCAUCAGGACAUCUCAAUUUGCAUCCUCUGGUUUGUCUCGAUUUCUUCCCUUCCUGCGUAAGCACUAGCAAUUCGAAUCGCAUAUCAUCGUGGUGACCAUUCUUCACCAGCGAUCUACAAUCAGCCAUAACUGAUUCUAGUUCUAAUUCUAAUUCUGACUCUGCUUCAAUCGGCGGCGCUAACAUGGCAGGAAAGGCCAAAAAGACUAUCUCCAAGACAGUGCAGACUCCUUUGAGCCCGACUUGCCGCGACGAAGACACCCAUUCGCCAUACACUGACCAGUUCUUUGCCGACAUGGCCACCAAGAUUGCAGUCACGUUUCCGUACGAGGAAUUCGCAGCUUGUCAUGGUUGCAGCCAGAGCCAUCUCGCCGGGGCUAUGAGUGCCCUAGUCCUCGCGCCUCUCUCGGAUCCAACCUUCACACAGCAUAGAGACCGCAACAUAAGCAUAGCACAAUACGGGCAGCACAUGAUAGCAAUGUGGGCCGCUCAUUUUGAGCAGGUCUUGCUGACUACCUCUGGGAAAGCAAAGAAGCGGUCACGAUUGAGGCCAUCUGCUAGCACUGUCCCCUCUCCGCCUGAUGCCCCGCCCCGAUCAUCCGAUGUACCUUUGCUAUCGGUCAAGGAUGUUGCGGAGGGGAAGCCAACAAGCACCAGCGAAGACUCUGAAAGAUCUCCUCAUGACAUGUCUGCUCCCAAGUCGGGCUCGUCAGCAGGCCAGAAGACUAACACCACAGGCCUGAAGCGUCAACACGAUAAGUUAAGCGACAUGAGCGAAGACACUCAUGCAACCGUCCCAACAAUGCCAACCUCAUCUGAAGAUGACGAUAUAAGUAGCUCAAAGCGUCGAAAGAUUGGCCCUUCCUCAGAGAGGUAUCCGCCUCAGCAGGGACCGGAGGACUUCAUGGAAGCUGUUUCUGUUGAGGCUGGCAGCACACCAACGACAUUGCGUCCAGAUCCCGUCGUUAGUCAAGACGGAGAGAGAGGCGGGAACAGCAGCACAUUGCCUAUGGCCGUUGAGAAGGGACAGAAAAAUCUCUUACCUGGGACCAAGCACACACCCAGUGAGCAACGACGAGAGGCAGCCAGCAAAAAGCAUGCCACACGCAAUGCUCGCAGAAGACUCUCCCCAUUUGCGGAAGAUGCGAUAAACACGGCUGUCUUCAGCGAGCAGGAUCUGCAAGAGCGAAUGAAGGGUUCAAAAGUUGGUCUCGCAAUCACGUCGUGACACAACUACAUAUCUGUUGAGCCUGUCAAUACAGCCUCAUCAGGCGAGUUGGCGGCUCCCCCCCAUAGUCUAAAGAUGUGCUUGGCUAUUGGUUGAUUGCAGCGAGGAUCCCCCGGGCUGGUCCCGAGAGCUUAAUGGUACUUAAGUCUACUUAAUUCGUGCAUAAAGCUCCUGAAAUGCAUCAAUGCGAAGCUGUCUCAAGUGACAGUCAUACUAGGGAAUUGGCGAGAUCGGAGGAGGAGGGGUACUGAGGGGUAAUGCGCAAUUUGAGGAAGGUUCGCGAUAGAGCGAGACUCCACCACGGGAAAGCAGGGCAGCCAGAAAGUCAUAGUGGGACAGGUGAAGUAGUGGAGCGAUCGAGAGGGGGGACGCCUGACUAAUGGAAAGAACCAUUUCAAAGGAUGGGGGGGGGGGGGAGGAAGGAGUCAGGAAUCGCAAUUGAUGUCUCAGUUAUUCAAGUGUCAACAUGGAACAAUAAUACGUAGAAGAUAAAACGAGAG